CUUUGCUGUUCCGAAACUCAAUUCACUCUGCUCCUCUCCCGCUUCCUGUAAGCAAUGUCCUCUCCAAGUUCAUUGCUUUCUUUGAGUUCCCUCUAUGUUCUUCUCGUUUUGAUAUCAUGUUUCUCUGGAGGGUACUCUUCUUCGUCUUCCACGCCUACUAAGAUUGGCAAAGGCUACCGUUUGAUCGCCAUUGAAGAGACCCCUGAUGGUGGCUUUCUGGGUCACCUUCAGGUCAAGCAAAAGAACAAAAUUUAUGGCCCUGAUAUUCCUCUCUUACAGCUCUAUGUCAAGCAUGAGACUCAAGAUCGUUUGAGGGUAUACAUAACAGAUGCAGAGAAGCAGAGAUGGGAAGUUCCAUACAAUCUUUUACCAAGAGAGCAACCACCUUCAUCGAAACAAACGAUUGGGAGAUCAAGAAAGAACCCUAUAACAGUCUCAGAGCUGUCGGGGUCCGAGCUCAUAUUCUGCUACACAGCUGACCCUUUUAGCUUUGCAGUGAAAAGGAAAUCAAAUGGGCAGACCCUUUUCAACUCCAGCUCAGGUGGAUCAGCCUCAUUUGGAGAAUUGGUGUUCAAAGACCAGUACUUGGAGAUUUCAACUCAGUUGCCCAAAGAUGCUUCACUGUAUGGACUUGGGGAGAACACUCAACCUCAUGGAAUCAAGCUGUAUCCAAAUGACCCUUACACAUUGUACACAACCGAUGUGUCGGCUAUCAAUCUGAACACUGAUUUGUACGGGUCCCACCCUGUUGUCAUGGACUUGAGGAAUGUGGGUGGUGAGCCUUUUGCACAUGCUGUUCUCUUGCUGAACAGCAAUGGCAUGGAUGUGUUUUACACAGGGACUUCAUUGACUUACAAGGUUAUUGGUGGUGUUUUCGACUUUUACUUCUUUGCUGGACCCACUCCCCUUGGCGUUGUUGAUCAGUACACCUCUUUCAUCGGCAGGCCUGCUCCCAUGCCUUACUGGUCUCUAGGGUUUCACCAAUGUCGAUGGGGAUACCAUAACCUCUCUGUAGUUGAAGAUGUUGUUGAGAACUACAAGAAGGCUAAGAUCCCGCUUGAUGUGAUCUGGAAUGACGAUGAUCAUAUGGAUGGCCAUAAGGACUUCACCCUCAACCCCAACAACUACCCUCGUCCAAAGCUUCUGGCAUUCCUUGAAAAAAUACAUAACAUAGGCAUGAAAUACAUUGUCAUUAUUGAUCCUGGAAUUGCUGUUAAUUCUAGUUAUGGUGUUUAUCAAAGAGGCAUUACCAAUGAUGUUUUUAUAAAGUAUGAGGGUGAGCCUUACUUGGCCCAGGUUUGGCCUGGGGCUGUUAAUUUCCCGGACUUCCUCAACCCUAAAACAGUUGCAUGGUGGGGCGAUGAAAUUAGACGCUUUCAUGAACUUGUCCCUGUUGAUGGGCUCUGGAUUGACAUGAAUGAAGCUUCAAAUUUCUGUAGUGGGAAGUGUGAAAUUCCAAAGGGCAAGCAGUGUCCCAGUGGGACUGGACCUGGUUGGAUCUGUUGCUUGGACUGCAAGAACAUAACAAAUACAAGAUGGGAUGAUCCACCAUACAAGAUAAAUGCUUCAGGGUUGCAGGUGCCAAUAGGGUUCAAAACUAUUGCCACUAGUGCAGUUCACUACAAUGGUGUUUUAGAAUAUGAUGCUCAUAGUCUUUAUGGCUUUUCUCAAUCCAUUGCAACUCACAAGGCUCUCCAAGGGCUUGAGGGCAAACGACCGUUUAUAUUGUCACGCUCUACAUAUGUUGGUUCAGGAAAGUAUGCUGCGCACUGGACAGGUGAUAACAAGGGCACUUGGGAAGAUUUGAAGUAUUCAAUAUCUACUAUGCUGAAUUUUGGUAUAUUUGGGGUUCCAAUGGUUGGUUCAGAUAUAUGUGGGUUCUAUCCUGCUCCAACAGAAGAGCUGUGUAACCGUUGGAUCGAAGUUGGUGCUUUUUACCCCUUCUCUAGAGAUCAUGCAAAUUACUACUCCCCGAGACAGGAGCUGUAUCAAUGGGACACUGUAGCCAAAUCUGCUCGAAAUGCUCUAGGUAUGAGGUAUAAACUUCUCCCUUACCUCUACACGCUGACCUAUGAGGCUCAUAUAAGUGGAGCACCAAUAGCCAGGCCCCUUUUCUUCUCGUUCCCUACUUACAAAGAGUGCUACGGGCUGAGCACCCAAUUCUUGCUAGGAAACAGUCUCAUGGUGUCUCCAGUGCUUGAGCAGGGCAAAACAGAGGUUAAAGCACUCUUCCCCCCAGGUUCUUGGUACGGUAUGUUUGAUAUGACACAAACCAUUGUGUCAAAGGGACAGUACUUUACCCUCGAUGCACCUUUGAAUGAGGUUAAUGUACAUUUGUAUCAGAAUACCAUAUUACCAAUGCAGCAAGGUGGGAUGAUCUCUAAGGAAGCUAGAAUGACGCCAUUCAGUCUCAUAGUGACCUUCCCUGCGGGGGCGACCGAAGGACAAGCCAAAGGAACCAUUUAUCUCGACAACGAUGAACUUCCAGAAAUGAAACUCGGAAACGGGUAUUCAACGUAUGUCGAAUUAUACGCAACCAUGAACCAGGGUACCGUGAAGGUCUGGUCAGAAGUUCAGGAGGGCAAAUUUGCUUUAGAGAAGGGCUGGAAAAUUGAGAAGAUUACCGUGUUGGGAUUUGGAGGAAGUGUAAACACAUCUGCUCUCGAAAUCAAUGGAAGUCCAGUUGCCCCCGGUACUUCCAAUGUAGAGCUCAGCUCACUGGAACAGAAGCACCUGCAAGACCUUGAAGAAGACAAGAAGACGACUUUGAAGGUAGAGGUUGCAGGUUUGGAUUUACCUGUUGGAAAGAACUUCGCCAUAACCUGGAAAAUGGGGGUAUAAGGUUGAUGAUCAAGAUCUUCUCCAGACUAGGUGGUACUUUUUGGUUUUUUCCCUUUUCAUUGUUGAUGAUUUCCUGUUCCUUAAUUGGGGUUUCUUCAUGGAGAGGAGAUGAGCUUUAAAGUCUGUUCAUCCUUUUCCAUGCAACCAAGCAAAAAAAACCGAGAAAAACUGAGGUUUAAAUCUUCAUUCCAUGCUUAGAGGCUCUUCCAUUGAUGUAGUUUAAAAUGCAGUAAUGCAAAUUUGAGGUCUCCAAUAUUAAUAUAAUAAUACCUUCCAAACUAAGUUGGAUUUAUA